UAUAUUAUAUAAUAAUUUCGUAGAAAAUUUUAUUUUUUUUUACACAAUUUUUAUACGGUAAUAAACUGUCCAAGCACUAGUUCAAACAAAUGUUUUAGUCACCGAACACAGCUAGAUGUCUUGAGUACCAGGUAUCAGCUGAAUUCGUUUGACAGUUGAGCAAACCUGUAAUGGAUGAAUUUGGCGGCAAAAGCAGUAAAUAAAAGGAAGCAGUGAAAUAGGGAUUUGUCAAAAAUGUUAAAACUGGAACUGUGUAACUGUUUUGGCUGUUAAUUAUAUUGUCUAUGAACUAAAUAACUCCAUACAACAUUUUUUGUUAUAAUUAGUAAAUUAGUUUUUGAAUUAUUUUAUGUUGAAAUGCUCAAUUUAAAUUGUGUUAUUUGUGCUGAGCUGUUCGUCGCCUCAGAUGAUGUGCGUGCAACCAACUGUGGCCAUAUGUUUCACAUAGCAUGCUUAAAACAAUGGAUGGAACGAUCGAAGUCGUGCCCCCAGUGUCGAACUAAGUGUACGGAUCGUAAUAUAUUCCGCAUAUAUUUCAACUUGGCAAAUCUGGAUCUGAGUACUAUCGACGUGGGAUCACUGCAAGAGCAAGUGGACAACGCUAGUCUGCAAUUAAAAAUGAAGGAAAAAGAGUUGAAUAAAACGCAACAACAAAUUAAAGAUCUUAAAGAAUGCCAAAUUAAAGCAGCGCAAACAAUUCAAGCUAUGGAGCAAAGAAUACAGAAAAACGAUUUCGUAAUACUUACAUAUUCGGAACAGUUGAAAAUCUUUAAGACUGAAGCAAAGAUGGCCGAAGACUUACGCAAAGAGGUGGAACGUCUAAAGCAACAAAUUAAAACAAUAGAGUCAGUACAAUCAGUUCUCGCCGCCACAACAGUAGAAGCUGAAAAAAUGCUCAAGAUCGAAAAAGAUCCUGUGCGACUGUGCACCUGGGUAGCUGCCCUGAAGCGCGAACUUCGCACAUGUGAAACAAAGAAAACUGAUUUGCGCCGGGCUAUGAAAGUUAUGCAGGACAAUUUGCGACAAGAAAUGGCUGCUAAAAAGUCUUUUGAGGAACGCAUUUCACAAUUAGAAAGUGAAAACUAUCAAUUACAACAGAAAAUGAAGGCAGUAGAAAAUAAAGGGCCAAUAAGUUUCAUGUCAGACCAAUGCAGGCAGAGCACAGAAUCUGCGCCGAAUGCAUUGCCGGAAAAACGUCAGACAUUGUCGCCCACUAUUAAGGAAAACCUGAAGAAGAUUGAAGACUCCAAUUCUCCUUAUCUCAAUAUUAAGUCCAGCAGUAUCGGCCUGCUGCCAUUGUUUAAACGCAAUCAAGACAAUCUGCCAGAGCGAACGGGUAUUACAACCACGAAAUUGGCGACAUUAAAAAUAUCACCGAAAAAAGCUGAUAAAGACAGUGCCGCUAACAGCAUCGGUAGCAGUUUGGGUAUGCUACGCAAAGCUCAAAGUGAUAUCACAGAAAAGUAUUCCAUCAUGAAGAAACCGCGAUUGGCAAUUAGCUCUUCUUCAACAACAGCUAAACACUUUGGCAUGAAUUUCGAACCGAGCAGUACGAGAGCCGUAUCGCCCACAAAACCAAGGCCAAUCGGAAGUAAUUUAGAUAGUCGUCUAAAAGCUGGUGGUUUGCGCAAGUUUAAGUUAAACAAAUGAUGUCUGCAGGUUGGCAUAAAUUUAAGGAAACUAGUUAGUAGCCAUCAUGUAUUUAAUUUAGAUAUUUAUUAAAAAACUUUGUAUAUUAUGAGAGUGCAUUUAUAUUUUUCUGUCUUACGGGAACACUUGGCAUGGUGCCACAAUUUGAAAAUGUAUUUGCAACCCUACCAAUUUCUUGCGUUCCUAGCUAUGAUCCAUAUCAGAUAAUAAGUAUAUAUUAUAAUUCCUUUAAAUUUUUUUUACCAAACUUUUCAAGUUUUUUUUAUAAAAAAAAAAAAAAGAAAUCAAAAAUAAUAUAAAUUGUCUUAUUAUCAUAUGUGGUAGUUAAAUUUUUUUUUUUUUUUUUUAUAAUUUUAUACAUAAGUAGUUUUUGUUUGUCAAUAUGAAUAUGGUUGUGUAAAAAAUAUUGAAAUAAGUAUAUAGUUAGCGAUUAAAAUUUAAAUGAAA